AUGGCACCCUGCAGCACCCAUCGCGAACUGCUUGUGAUUUUCCUCGGGCUAAUUCUGAGCUUUGUAUCGAUCACCGCCGCGUGUGAUCCUCUUUACCUCAAUCCUCUGCUCGUCCAUCAAGAUCUUUGCAGUGCAGAAUUCCCAGUCAGCGGUGUGUUUCAAGAGCAUGAGAUACUGCCACUGAGAGAAGCUCCAACGGAAGCAUCUUCAUCUGUCUACGACGUUGUUCCAAUUCCUGGGAAAGGAUUCGGAGUAGUCGCGAACAGAAAAUUACCUCGGCGCACCAAAAUCAUCAUCGAAGAAGCACUCAUCUCAGUCCCCAUGCCCGAAAUGGUUCCCGGCCAAGGAUUCCGCAUGGCAGACAUGCUCACCAACGUCGAAGACGCCUUCCACUCCCUUUCCCCUGCUCAACAGCAGGAAUUCCUCGAUUUACACGAACAUAGAUUCCCCACGGAAGAAAAUCAAAGCAAGCUACUCACGAUUUUGAGGAGUAAUGCUUACAACACGGGCGACGACUAUGUGGGUAUCUUUCCCAAGAUUGCGAGGAUCAAUCAUUCGUGUCGGCCGAAUUCGGGGAACUUUUGGAGCAUGAAGCGGAAUCAGAGGGUUAUUUAUGCAUUUAGGGAUAUUGAGAGGGGGGAGGAGGUUACGGUUUCGUAUAUACCGUUGACGAAAUCGACUAAGGAGAGGCAGGCGAGGUUGUUUCAGUAUGGGUUUACUUGUGGUUGUGAUGCAUGUCAGUCGGUGGAGAGUAGUAGGAAGAGAGUCAAGAUUGCGGAUUUUAUUGAGGUGCUGGAGCAGAAGGUUCAUUUGGAUGGGUUGUCCGAGAAGAGUGCGGAGAGGAUGCUGUCUAAAUCUAUGAGUCUUGUGGAUAUGAUUGAGGAAGAGGAGUUGGCGGAUUAUUUGGCAAAAGCUUACCACUUUGCUGCAGUCUUCCAUGAAAAGAAAGGCGACUUGAAGUGGAUUCGUUGGAAUCUUUCACAGCGAUCGAAUAUGUCGAUGAUCUCAGCAUAG